AUGGCCUGGGGUCCCUGGAGCUGCUGCCCUUGGCUUGUUCUCCUCUGUGUUUUUGCCUGGGGCCAUGCAAGGCCAAUGGACCUGAGAAGAGAGGACAUAAGAAACUGUUCAACCAGCCCUCAUUACCUUCCAGUUACUGUGGUCAACACCACAGUGCGGCUCACAGCCCUUCGCCAGAAGAUGAACAUAAAUAAUCUCUCUGCCUACAUUAUCCCAAACACAGAUGCCCACAUGAGCGAGUACAUUGGUGACCAUGACAAGCGGCUUACAUGGAUUACAGGCUUUACAGGAUCUUCAGGAACUGCAGUGGUGACCAUGGGGAAAGCAGGUCUCUGGACUGACAGUCGCUACUGGAUCCAGGCUGAGCAGGAGAUGGACUGCAAUUGGAAACUCCAUAAGGAAGCUGGCAGUGCUCCCAUUGUUAACUGGCUCCUCACUGAGAUUCCUGCUGGAGGGCGUGUGGGCUUCGACCCCCUCCUUUUCUCCAUUGGAACCUGGAAGAGUUAUGAUAUGGCCUUCAAAGGCUCUGACAGAGAGCUGGUUUCCGUCAAAACCAACCUUGUGGACCUGGUAUGGGGGUCAGAGAGACCUAAACUUCCAAAUGGGACCAUUUAUUCCCUACAGAAGGAGUUCACAGGGAGCACCUGGCAGGAGAAAGUAUCUAGCAUCCGCAGCCAGAUGCAGAAGCAUCCCAAGGCCCCAACUGCUGUGCUUCUGUCGAUGCUUGAUGAGACAGCCUGGCUCUUCAAUCUGCGCAGUAGUGACAUCCCUUACAACCCCUUCUUCUAUUCCUACACACUGCUCACGAACUCCUCUAUCAGGUUAUUUGUAAACAAGAGUCGCUUUAACUCCGAGACCCUACAGUAUCUGAACUCCAGCUGCACAGGCCCCAUGUGCGUGCAACUUGAAGAUUACAACCAAGUCUAUGACAGCGUCCAAGCUUAUGCCUCAGAAACCGUGAGGAUAUGGAUUGGGACCAGCAAUACUAUGUAUGCGCUCUACAAAGUGAUACCUGAGGAUAAAGUUGUAGAAGAAACCUACUCCCCAGUGAUGAUAACCAAGGCGGUGAAAAACAGCAAGGAACAAGACCUUCUCAGGGACAGCCAUGUACGAGAUGCCGUGCCCGUGAUCCGCUACUUGGUUUGGCUGCAGAAGAACGUGCCCAAAGGCACCGUGGACGAGUUCUCAGGGGCAGAGCAGCUGGACAGAUUCCGAGGGGAAGAAAAGUUCUCUUCUGGACCCAGUUUCAAAACCAUCUCUGCUAGUGGUCUGAAUGCUGCCAUGGCCCACUACAGCCCAACCAAGGAAGUACACCGCAAGCUGUCCUCAGAUGAGAUGUACCUGGUGGAUUCCGGGGGACAAUACUGGGAUGGAACCACAGACAUCACCAGGACAGUCCACUGGGGCACCCCCUCUGCUUUCCAAAAGGAGGCAUACACCCGUGUGUUGAUAGGAAAUAUUGAUCUGUCAAGACUCAUCUUUCCUGCUGAUACAUCAGGACUUAAGUUGGAAGCCUUUGCACGCAAAGCCUUGUGGGACGUUGGACUCAAUUAUGGUCAUGGGACUGGCCAUGGCAUUGGCAACUUCCUGGGUGUGCACGAGUGGCCAGUGGGAUUCCAGUCCAACAGCAUUACUAUGAGCAAGGGCAUGUUCACUUCCAUUGAACCUGGUUACUAUCAGGAUGGUGAAUUUGGGAUCCGCCUUGAAGAUGUGGCCCUUGUGGUAGAAGCAAAGACCAAGUAUCCAGGGACCUACCUGACCUUUGAAGUGGUGUCCUUGGUGCCCUAUGACCGAAACCUCAUUGAUGUCAGCCUGCUCUCCCCAGAGCAAAUCCAGUACCUGAACCACUAUUACCAGACCAUCCGCAAGAAGGUAGGCCCUGAGCUGCAGCGGCGCAAGCUGCUGGAAGAGUUUGAGUGGCUGCAGCAGCAUACGGAGCCCCUGUCUGCAAGUGCACCACGCACCACCUUCUUGGCCUCUCUGUUGGCAGUCUCCGCUCUUGCCAUCCUCGGCUGGAGUGUCUAG